UAUACUGCACCAGAGAGGAAUUUCUUCCUCCAUUGUUACGUUGUAACAAUCGGGGCCGGGGCGAGCCGGGGGAGAAAAGCGUCUUCUCGUUUGACAUUUUGCAACUAUUUAAGACCUCACGAAAAAGAGCAACCCACGACCUCAUAGCGAGAAGACGUCGAAGUGAUCCCUGCCGACCGAAUCCGCCCCGGUGAGGAAAAAAAAAAGGUCAGACGAACACAAAUGUCAGCGGAUUUCUCCAUUACAACCACUUAAAAAAAGGCGAACAUCGGAAAGAUUGACGACAUUCAACCAAAUAAUUGUGCCAAAAAUGUUCGGAGUUGAACCGCAGCAAACCAGAUCAGAUGACGCCCCUAUCUUUCCGUGUUCGGUCAUUUAAACGGAGAGGUAUGCAAUAUUUAAAUAAAAUCCGCCCUUGUGUUCGCCUGCUGUAGAUUUUCCUCAUCUUUCUUUGUGUAAAACAAUGAAACCAAGAAGUAGCCUGAUCCAGUGAGACGUUGCAAAGCGACAAUCAAGCAAUAAUCAGUGGGUCACCAAUGCUCCGCGGCUGCAGUCCGGAUACAGACGCGGCUCAGGGAUCUCGCUUUUCGGGGUACAAUAAGCUUCUGAAAGGGCGUUGAAAGAUUGAUGCGCAGUUGGUACUGGGAGGAAAAACGACCCCCCGAGUCGGCUGGAUCAAGGGUUGCCCCCCGUUUCUGCUCGAGAAUUACAAGGAAGCUGGAAAACGACACCAGCACUGUUCAGUACCAGCUCGACCUGUGCUGCUGCUUUGUCACCCUGAGACACCAGGUUUCCAUGGAGGCAGUUUCGUCCCUAAGCCUUAAACGACGAUACGAAGAGGUGGACAACAUCUCUCCGUGCUCCACACCUAAAGACUCAGACGAUGACAUCUCCAGCAGCGAAAGCGCUGAUAGCUGCGACAGCCUCAACGCCCCCUCCAGCACCACCUUCACCCCCACCUCCAUCCUGAGGCAGAAGAAGCCGUCGCUCGGAGGGAAGCGGGUCCGCUUCGAUUUGGUCACCGUUUAUUACUUUCCCCGACGUCAGGGCUUCACCAGCGUGCCCAGUCAAGGCGGGAGUUCUCUGGGCAUGGCCCGACACCACUGCUCCAUCAGGCACUACACCCUGGGCGAGUUUGCACGGGAGCAGGAAAGCAGCCACCGGCACACUUUGAGGCAGCACAUGCGCCAGGAGAAGCUCAACGCCCGCAAGAUGAAGCUGACGAGAAACGGAACAGUAGAGUGCGCUCAGGCUGAUCUUCUAACUCUGGACGAUGUGUCAGACGAGGACCUCGAUGUGGAAGCUGUGGAGGUGGACGACUGCUUUUUCCUGCAGCCGUUGCCCACAAAGCGGCGCCGGGCUCUGCUGCGGGCCUCCGGGAUCGCCCGCAUUGACGCGCGGGAGAAGGCCGAGCUCAGAGCCAUCCGCCUCUCCAGGGAGGAGUGCGGCUGCGACUGCCGUUUGUACUGUGACCCCCGGCACUGCGGCUGCAGCCAGGCGGGGAUCAAGUGCCAGGUGGAUCGGAUGUCAUUCCCGUGCGGAUGCUCGAGGGACGGCUGCGGGAACAUGGCGGGCCGCGUCGAAUUCAACCCCCUGCGCGUCAGAACUCACUACCUGCACACCAUCAUGAAGCUGGAUUUGGAGAAACGGCGGUUGCUCAUAAGCGAGGCCGGGGAGCAGUAUGCCGAGUCAGACCCCACCUCCUCCCCCUCCUCCACUUGCCCCACGUCCCCGACUCUGUCCACCAGCACUGGGCUAGACUCAGAGCUGGAGGAAAGCGAAGUGCAGGCGGUGGAGGAGGUCCACGAUUUCAUGGCGGCGCAGGAUAUACUGGAGCGAGAGAACGAGACGGCCGUGCUGCACCUGCAGAGUGCUGUGGAGCAGGAGAGGAGGGAGAGGGAGGAGGCAGAAGGGCAGGCAGUGCAGCGGGAGCUGAGUGCUCCCGCGCAGCAGCGCCUGUGCCUCCUCCCCAGUGCAUUAAGGGAGGAGCUAACCAAGCAGGGAGAUGUGCCAGGUGUAGAUCAGGUCCUCCUGCAGGGGCCCUUCCCCACAGGGGCCACUGUGCUGUGCAUCUCUGAUAACCAAGAGGAGAGUCCCUCUGACCUCCUCAAAGACUCCACCCCUCUGCUCUACUAUCAGCUCAGUCCCAUUGAGCCCGGAGCCUUUGAGACGCUGCCCAAACCGGAGGAAGAGGAGCAGGAGGCGGUGUUUGCAGAGAGAAAACUAGAAGAAGAGUUCAAGGGAGAAGGAAUCAGCUCCAGCAGAGGAGAGGAAUCUUUGACCAGCGUGGUUUUCCACUCAGAGGAGCGUGCAGCGGCCCGCACGCCUGAGCAGAACGUCCAGAAAGAGCUGCAAGAGCCCUGCUCGGAGAGAGAAGCUGACCCACUGCCUCCAGAAGUUUAGCAUCAACUUCUCCGUAGAUAUUUUGCACAACCGCUUCAUCUUAGAAGAGAAAGUUUCAUUAUUCCACACGUAUUACUGCUUUCAUCGCCACAUGUUCAAGUGUAGUCGCUGAAAUAUGUGCAGAACGAAGCGUUGUUACGAUCCAACAGAGGAGAGAUGCUGAAAGCACAUGCAGACAGAUCACUCCCCAAAAAAGGAAAAAAAAUGCGUUUUUUAAAGGCAGCAUUGGUGUAUGAGAGGUUAUUAUGGGGCCUUAAUGGAAAAAAAAUGUAUGAAGGAGUGCAGCAUGUUUGUUCUUUUCCAACACAGUGCGGACAUAAGCCUUUCCCUGGGCGGUGAAUAAAGAUAUCGACACUAAACACAAAUAGUUUUUUGGCGUGCUGAGAUUCCUGCCGCCUCACUGUCCGUUAACAGCACGCCGUGCCGAGCCAAAAUGAAGGCCUCUGAUUAGUAUCCUCUGCUAAAUAUAGACCUAAUAAUCCUGGAAUUACUUGUCUUUGUGUACUGUAUAUGCAUUUGCAAUGUGCAAGAGAGCUGCUUUUCUGACCUGUAUGCACAUUGAGGACAGACAACGUUGUGGCGCCGGAUCAGCACCGGCCUUAGCCGGCGCUCCGGCUCACGUGGACUGCUUGUACGAGUGCAGUCUAUUUGUCAAGAAAUAAAGAAAAAAAAAAAGACGAAAAAAUGUUACUUAUAGUUGAAAUCCAGAUGAAAUCUUUGGUUAUUAUGUCUAUUGUGGAUUAGUUGCUGUUGAAGGAGAUGUUUUUUUUUUUUUUUUUUUGGUUUGUUGUAACGCCAUGUGCUGAAAAACCACGUUAACUGGGAUGUUUGCGUCUCCGAGAGCUGAUUCUGAAUCAAGCCAAAUGUCAAGAUGAAGACAAUAACGGGAAGAAGAAUCCAAACUGCAUCUCUUUACUCUAGGAAACACAAAUGUGACGCCACUUUUGGUUUUGUGCAACUGUUGUGUGUGGCAUAUAUGUGUCUGUGCUCUUAUGUGUGUGUGUGUGUGAACAGUAGAGGGGAAAGGAAGGAGUGUGUGCCUGCGUGUGUGUGUAUUCGCUGUUUUAGAUUUGGGGCUUUAAAACCUGGAAGGUGCUGAUGUCGGAGAUCUUCUCCCUGCCACCGUGACAUAAUGAAACUAGAAUGACCCCAGAGCCCCCUUCUGGAGGGAGGGGGGUUCAACGCAAUAUGUGAUUAGAGACUGAGCUCUUUUUUCGUGACUGACUGUAAAUGCUAGCGUGUAACUUUUUUUUUGUUUAAGCGUCUUUUUGAGCUACGUCUGAGUAAUACUGAUCUGCAUAAGCAAGCCGACACUUCUUACACCAAGUCAGUCCUAUGUUUUGUUGCCUGAGGUUCCUGCUGUCGCCCACGGCAACGGCUCGCCCGACACAGGAUGCACUUCUGUGUAUAAGCUGUCUGAUGUAUUUGUUUGCCUUUUUUAUUGUCUUAAUAUAAUCCUGGUUUCAAACCUAACUAUGUGAUGCUCCUAUCCUCCAUCAAACUUUAAAAAAAACGUUUUAAAAAAAAUGUUUAAAAAAUUGCAGCCUCUGGUCGUUGUGGUGAAGCUGCAGAUUUAUUAUAGCCCUUUUUUGUUUGCGUGACUUGACUUGAUAUAGUACCAUCUUUGAAGUGACGAUGGUGACACGCUGUUGUGAUGCUUCUGUCUUUGGCUUUCUACUAAUAGAUUUAGGUUUGGGACCACUGCGCCUCAUUUGCAGCAGUACUCUGUGACUGUGUGUGUUUCUACGUGUGAAAGCGGGUGUGCGAGAGACUUCAGUUUCAGAAAACUUCAUUUAAAAGCUGAGAUCUACUCUCAUAAUAACUGUUGCCUAAAGUGGCCAAAAGGGUUUUUAUACAAAACUAAAACAAAAAAACAAAAGAGAAUAAAGUUCACUUUGAAAAAAGAAAAA